GGUCGUAUUUACAAAUAGAGGUGUUGUUGAAAGUAUCGUCAUCAGCUGUUCGAUCAGGUGCGCGCGCAUCGAUCGUAUGCGGUGCUGUGUGAGCGUCGGCGCGCCCUCUCGCAUUUUGUCACAAGAGCGCUGUCGCCCGCUCAUCGUCAGAGAUCGCCCGUAAUCGGGUGUCGUGGUCGGCAGUCGGCACUGCCAGAAAACAGUGACAUUAACAUGAAAGUCGGCUGGUGGUUCACUGGUUAAGUGUUCAUCAUCACUAUUUGACGGCAAGUUUAUUUAGUGUAUGAUAUAACCAAUAAGAUACGGGACACUGUCGUACUAUACGACUGGUCUUCCGUAGAGUGACGUGCACUAAUGGGGGAAUUUAGUUUAACCGGUAACACGAACAUCGGGUUAAGUGCAGUGGAGAUAUCGGUUAAUUCGUCAAAGUCUAAUCAAAACACAAUAUUUUAUUCGUCCACCCCGACUACUCCGAAUAGCAACGGUACUGAAAUUCACGUCCAGGCUAAGAGUUAUAGUGCGAUAAUGCAAGAUGAUUCCUCCGAAAAAAGUACGGCAGCUGUCAGCGGAUCUACCGUCGAUGAGUUGUCCAAUAACAUCUCAUCGGUUGUUGGGGAACCAAUCACGACAUCGAAUACGGUACCGGUUGAAAAAAUCGCGUCGUCAUCUCUUCCCGCCAAAGAUACGGAAUUACCGCCUAGCACCACCGUGAAUAAUAUUUCGGAUAAAUUGGAUCAAAUAACGUCUAUAAGCAAGUCCGUACCUCCGAUACCGACUUUCUUCCACCCAGCGGAACCAGCUACUCCAGCAGGAGCUCUUUGGUCGACCGCGAUUGAAGAUGGGUUCGUACCCAACUUAGCUGGAGUAAAUGGCAUGGGAUUCCAAAAUUUUCCACCUCCGAAUCAACAACAGCAGCUGUUCGGAAAUAUGGGUCAGAAUCAAGGCAAUCAAAAUCGGAGGGCCAUAACGGCAAGUCACAAUUUUCCUCCCCAAAUGGCUAGGCAGCAAUCACUUUCAAAUCAUCCGUUAUACGCUAAAGGUUUCGGCUCUUGGACAGGUGCACCACCUGGUCCUCCGGGACAAGGGUGGAACCCAAAUGCGGCAAGUGCUGCCACUUCAGGGGGUCCACCAUGGAACCGUGGGCGAAGCGUACCAAAUUUAACGCCUCUUCAGCAGAUGGGCGUUGGAAUGCCUCCUGGUAGGAAACCAAGUCCCACAUUUAAUCAACCUCAGCAAGUUAUUUCUCCUGUGAAAUUUCGAAGAAGUACUUCCUACCCUGGGAAAGGGCCGUUUCCAACGCCGCCGACAUUUGAAAUUACUAAUAUGGAUGAAGUUCGAGAUUUGCUGCCUUUUCAGGAUCGUUGUGGUGUAGUGAACGCGAACGGAAGUAGUCCGUUAGAAAAUAUGAGAGGAUUGGAGCAUUAUUUAAAUGAUAUUAUGAACCCUCAGACCAACUCGACUGAAUUAAAAGGUAAAAAAUCAACUAUAUGGAACGAUGUUUUCCCUAGCGGUUUUAUAAAUACAAACGCUUUUCCGUCACUACAAAUACAUGGAAAAUCACCAUACUUUCCAGGACUAGACGACCAGGCUGGACCAGUACUCUUGGAAGAACCAACUCAUUUAGUAGACGGUACUUUAGGAACUCAACCGCUUAGUUCACCCUCCAGGUCUUCACCUCACUCUCAAGGGUCUGAGGGUGGCGAGAGAUUUUCUAGAAAAGUGUUUGUUGGGGGACUUCCACCAGAUAUUGAUGAAGAUGAGAUUACUGUGAGUUUUAGGAGAUUUGGACCUUUAGUAGUAGACUGGCCUCAUAAGGCAGAAAGUAAAUCAUAUUUUCCUCCUAAGGGAUACGCUUUUUUAUUAUUUCAAGAUGAAAAUUCAGUUCAAAGUCUAAUUGAUGCAUGUAUAACGGAUGAAGAUAAGUUAUACCUGUGCGUAUCGUCACCGACAAUUAAAGACAAGCCAGUCCAAAUCCGGCCCUGGAGGCUGUCAGAUGCGGACUUUGUUUUAGAUGCAUCAAUGCCAUUGGAUCCUAGAAAAACUGUGUUUGUUGGAGGCGUACCGAGACCUCUCAAAGCUGUUGAAUUAGCAAUGAUAAUGGAUAGGCUGUACGGUGGUGUGUGUUAUGCGGGCAUAGACACCGAUCCAGAGCUGAAAUAUCCAAAAGGAGCGGGCAGGGUGGCGUUCAGCAACCAGCAGAGCUAUAUAGCAGCAAUAAGUGCCAGAUUUGUUCAGCUACAGCAUGGCGACAUUGACAAGCGAGUCGAGGUGAAACCGUACGUGCUGGACGAUCAAAUGUGUGACGAGUGCCAGGGACAGAGGUGCGGAGGCAAAUUCGCGCCAUUCUUUUGUGCUAAUGUGACUUGUUUACAGUACUAUUGUGAACAUUGCUGGGCUACGAUUCACUCAAGACCAGGUCGGGAGUUCCAUAAGCCCCUGGUAAAGGAGGGCGCAGACCGACCCCGUGCGGUCCCCUUUCGUUGGUGUUAACGCAGGAACGAAGAGUCGUCACCUGCGCCGCAGCCCCUUAGCUUAUUACCACACAUUAAAGGCAGCGGCUCCCUAGGCGACAUAUUAGUACAGUAACUCAGACCCUAAUGGUUCCUAUCAUCGAGCCUUUCAUGAAGAUACUCCCUUUACCAUAGUUUUCAUAAGAAUGGAUUUAUCAACACGUAUUGGUUUUGUCUCUUCAUGAAGGGUGAUGGGGGAGCCUUAGGCCAUUUAUCUAGUAGCAAUUAUACAUACCUAUUUAAAAAUAUACAUGUAUAACCGAAUAUCUUCUUGUAAAGCGGGGCAGGACGAUGGCUUUACGAUUUACCUGCACUAGUCAUCCAGCUUUAUGAAUCCUUGGCCUCUUUUGCUUGGACACUUCAACCCUUAACGUGUUUUCUUUUUUUCUAUUGGUAUUUAAUUGACUAACCAAACUAACUUAUUUCAGGUUUGCGCUUAUAAGUCUAUAUUAUUAAAUUUUCGCGUUAACAGAGGGACAUCUUUUGAAUUGAUCUCCUACUAACAUUUUUUUUUCUGUAGUAUAUUUUGUAAUAUUUUCUAUAUGGAUCGAGUGUGGCAAUUCUAGUCCAAAGAGUUUUUAAAGCGAAUUUUACAUAAAGGCCAGCGGCGUUUGUUAGAUGUUGAUAAAAAUUAAUGUUUUUCUGUAGUUAAGAUUUUUUUAUCGCAAAACUAUUUUUGAUGUGUGUGGGAAAAAUUCAUGAAAUUUUUAUAUUAAAGAAAAUCGCAAAAAAAUAUACGUUUUUUAUAAACUUUUGUCUUUUUAUAUUAUCUUUAUAUUUUUUAAAAGAUUUUUAGUGUUGUAAAUAUAUUUCUGUAGGAUUUUAAAUUAAUCUACUGACUGCUUUUCAGAUGGAUUGAUAUGCAUAUUUUAAUCGUUUUUUUUUUAAUUAUUUAAGUAUAAGGGGUUUUUAAUACUUGUAUAUUUAGACUAAGUAGCCAAAUUUAGUUAAGGAUUGAAUUUUUAAUUAUAACGUGGUUUUUGUACGUUUAUUUAAUAGGGAAAUUAUUAUUGGAAAUUAUUUUAUUAUUCUUGUCGUCAGUGAUGUGUUAGGCAAAUUAAGGAAAGAGUGUCUAAACUUAAUCUUAUCAAGGCCACGUUCAAACGCGGUACAGUCAAGAUUUUUUUCAGGGUAUUGUAUAUACUAGUCUAAUGCAAGCGGAUACUGUGCAGAGACCGUCUAGCUUGAAAAAAUCGUCCAGCUCGAGUACCUGAUUGGAAAAAUCUUGCGUUAUAUUUCUGAAGUCUUAAAUUUUUUUUUCAAAACUUAUAUUUUUAAAAUAACAGUUUUUUAAAAAAAAUCGUAGAUUUAUAUUUCUGCCGCCCUGCCAAUUUUUCAGCCUCCCUUGUACUAUUUAAAAAAGAGGGCAUGGUCUUCAGUUCCUAAGUUGAACUAUUUUUUAUUACCUUAAUAUAUGAAUAUGAGUCUGCUGGCUUAGUAUCAACCAAGUAAAACUCUAGAGAAAUGGCUUAUUUUUUAUAAAUGUGUUUUAUAAAAAAUAAUUCUAAUUUUGUAUCAAGCUGGGGACCUACAAGUCUUUCGAAGAAAAAUCCGUAGUAUUAUGUAAUCAAUCAUGUAUCAGACUCAAUAAUGUCAUUAUAUUUAUAUACAAUGUGUCUAAAAUUGAUGAUGCAUGAAUGGCAGUCUCGGAAUCUGCUGGAGAGAGAAAAACUGCUAAAUAGAAAAUUUUUCAAGGAAAUUGAUGUAUUUACAAAUUAAAAUCAUUUAGUUUACAAGUGUGUCUCUUGUGGUUUUUUAAGUUAUUUUGAAAAAACUAAGAUAAUUUAUUUUCAGAAAAACCUCGUAUUUCCUUUAUUCCAAUUUUUUAAAAUAUUUAAAAAGUUUUUUAAUGCACCUUUUUUUUGUGGCUCAAAAAUUGUUAACAACAUUUCGGUUUUUUGAAACCAUCAUCAGCUUCAUUAUUGUUGAAUGAAUGCCAUAAGUGUAGGAUUUUGAAAUGCAUAAAAAGCCUAUUUUUGCUUGUUAAAUUAGGUUAUUAACAACCAUAAAAACUAUGAUUUUAAUACACAUUUGGUAAAUGAAAAUUUUAAAAUAAAUAAUGGUGAAAAAAUAAAAUUUAAUAUCUAAAUCACAAUGCAUACAAAAAGUUUCUUAUAAUUGUAAAAUACAAAGAAGUUAUUGAUGCAUUAUGAAAUAGCAAACUAUUAUGAAAUGGAGUCUGAAUAGCAAUCCAAUAUGGCGUGCAUUUAAAAAAUUAAAAUGAAUGAAUCAAAAACAAAAUUAAUGAAAUUUGAGAAACAAAUAGAUUUCGACAUCAAGAGUUGCUUUAUAAAACUUUUAUAGAUUUUAUUUUUAAAUAUCACAAAAACUUCAAAAAUAAAUACAAUUUCCUAAUUUUUUUUCCCGUUUUUCUUUCUCUAAAAUCUGUUGGACACAUAAUAUAAUAUGGAAAACUUUCUUUAUGAUUAUAUAAUUUUGUGAAAAAACUGGAAAAUUCUGCAUGGCUUUGCACUUAGAAUGUAAACAUUAAAAUCAAAAUACGUUAAGAAACGUUUCUUAUCACAUUUUUAUUAAAUAACCAGAUAACCGCAUAUUUGAACCCUAAAGCAGUGUUUCUAUAUCAAUUGUCAAAAAUAACCCUGCACUUUAGUCUUUAAGGAAAAUUCAUUCAAUGACUAAGAAAUAAGACGAUAUCUCCUGUUUUUUUUUUGAUCGCCAUGCAGAUGAUCUUGGACGUGUGUAUUAAAUAAACUGAAAACAUUUAUGUCUGCAUCAAUCAACAACAUACGUAGUUACACUUUUGAAUAUAUAUAAAUUUUUUAGAUAUAUCCCUUCAAACUUUUUCUAUUAACCUGAUUUGUACCAUUCAGAAUUGGAAUGUCUUUUAUUAUAAAAUAUGGACUGAAGGUUAGAGAGACUGAUUUAAGUUAUAAGAAAUUAUUCUAGUCCGUGACGAAAUAUUUUAAUCCAGCAUGGAUUUUUUCAAGUUUUUUUAUCUUGCAAUAUUUUGUACACGCCAAGAGUUUAUUUUUUUUAAACAAAUUAUUGUUGAUUGAUGGUGAUAAGCAGUUUUUUGAAAAUUAAACUUAAACUGAAGACCAUGUGGCUAUUGACCAGCUUCCGCUUAGUGUCCGCCAUGAAUAACCGCCUGUUCUUUUAAUUUGACAUCCCUUGUUUUGAUGUGUGAUACCAUAGUCGUUUUUAAUGUAUUAAAUCAAUUUGCACGGAUAUGUAUAGUAUAAAUAAUAGUAUCAGCUAUUCUAAGACUUUGUAUUUUUUAAAUUUGAAUUUUUAUACUAAACUGUUAUAAAUGGUGAUUAGUAAAAGUUUGUGUGCAAUAAAAAAAAAUCCAGCCUAGGAAGGCGUUUUUUAGAGUUUUAUCUUUUAUUGUAAUUCAUAAUUAAUUAAUUAAUUAUUAUUGUAAAAGUUUCCUAGGAAAUUGUGUACAUAGCAGACCAAGUGGCGCAUUUUGCAUCGGGCUAUCCUCCUUAGCCAGAGGUGUAUCUAGCCAAGGUUUAAAUUUAAAUACGUACCUAUUAUUCUACAUAGUUAAAGUGGCUUAAGUCCCCAUCUUUGUCCAAGUAGUAUCCUAUUCUUUAAAUUCUUAUUCAUUCUAAUAAAGGUGAUUUUAGAACCAUCAAAAUGUGCAUGUCUAUAAUAAUUUUACAACUCGCCUUAAUAAAUUGAUGCUUCCUAUUCCAGUGUCACUUAAUAAAAAAGUUUAUAGAAAAUAUAUUAUAAUAAUUAUAAGCUUUUGGCCCAUAUGGUAUAUUAGAAUUAACCUAUAAUUUAAAGUAGAUAUACUUUUUUUUGUUUGUUAAGUGUGUAUGCUCCUGCUAGAGGCAUUUGGUCAUCUUUAUAAGUAAAACUUUUGUAGAUAGAAUGAGACUUUUUGUGCCAUCUAUAUUUAGGGUAAAACCGUAAUAUCAGUGCACGAUGCUUCUAGAAGUAGUAGCUAUUGGUUUAAUAUGCUAAUGACCAUAAAUAAGGCUUAUGAAAGGACAAUUAAAGCAGGCUUAGACAGAAGGAUAUUGCUUUGACAAAGUUGAGUAGACAACGCUUGAAAAAUUAAAACCAUCUAUGACAUGGUACAAAAAUCUGUUAUGAUUUGUAACAAUUUACACUCCUUUUUCUACUGUUUGUAUUCGCUAUAGCAUGUCUGAGAGAGGACAGUGACGCGACAUAUUGUAUCGUACUGUGUAGGUCAUUAUGUCAUUUUAUCCAAUUAUCCUUUUAUGAGAUUUAGAAUUUGACGCUGUCCGGCGUAUGUUUCAUAUUUUUAAUGUGUAUAAGCUCCGUAUUUAUUGGAAAUCUUUAAAGUUUUAUAUUUUUCACUUUUUUAAUCAAAAUGCUCUUUUUAUGAUUUAAUAUUAUAAGUUGAUCGAAAGGACCAGCGAUUGCAAUGUGGUUGCAAUUAAGAGCCGGUUUCGUCAUUGAAAUUCGCACCACCUCCCACCACCAACUCAGACAAAUCUGUGGUACCUGUUUUCAAUUUUCAUAAUUCUCUAUAUUUUUACCUAACAGGACAGCGGAGUAGUUUUAUUGCUAUUAUGUUUAUUUGUAUAUACGGACAGUUUCGUGCGUAGGGAUUUGGGUGCAAAUUUCAUACGUAGUUACCCUAAACUAGUGCAAUAUCGGGCUGUGUCUUGAUUUGGCAUGGGGCUCGAUUGUAGAGAUAGUCAAUUGUUUCAGAUUCUUAUUGUUGGUCUAUUGGUUAUUUCGGUUUUUGUCCGUUUCAACCAAUGGCUGUUUGACUAGCACCAAAGUAGAUUUUUAUUAUAAUUAUUGUAUUAUUUUUUUUGUUACAAUGUAUUUUACGAAAUAUUUAAAUUGUUUUUAUAAUUAUUUUAUACACUUUUAUAUGUUUGUUAGUCAAUUUUGAGGUAAGGUUUGUAAAACUUCUUGGGAAGUUCCUCGUUUACUAUUUUGUUAGAUAUCAGACUUUUUAUGUUUUUUAUAAAUACUAUUAUAAAAUGUCAAUUUGUGUUUAUUUGAUAAACUGCUGUUAAACUUCCAAA